AUGGAUACCUAUAACUUCUUCUUCUUCUUUUCUGCUUCCAUCACCUUCAUCUUAGUUGUUCUCCCCGUAGCUUAUUCCCAUGAAACCGAUCAAUUCAUGGAAUGCAAUGGAACAUUCAAUUGCGGCACCAUUCAAGGCAUCAGAUACCCUUUCUGGGGCAAUGGACGCCCACGAUACUGCGGUCAUCGAGGAUUCGAACUCCUUUGCCAUGAAAAUCAGUUCCCUGCCAUAGAUAUUAAUUCCCAGAGGUUUCGAGUAUUAAACAUUAGUCGUACCGGAACGAUGACCAUUGCUCCGGUCGAUAUCUGGGAUGAUCCUUGUCCUCAACAACUCUAUAACAUAUCAUUAGACCACACACUCUUUGAUUUCGCUUCGUCGAUUCGAGAUCUUGAUAUAUUCUAUGGCUGCCCUCUCGAAGAUGACAUACCUUCCCAGAACAGAUUUGUUUGCAACACAUCGAACGGUGAUAACUAUGCCUAUUAUCUUGAUGAAUCGUUGUCGAGAAUUCAUCGAUCGGAACUCGAGGGUUGUGGCGUCCGUAUUAUGGUUCCUGUUAGUCGAAGCGGAUUCGAUGAACUCUGGUCUGGGAUCGACAAGAUAGCGGAUGCUUGGAAUAAAGGGUUUGAUGUAGUGUAUGUUAAGGAAAUGGUACCAUGUAUGGCAUGCAGGAAUUCAGGUGGAGUAUGUGGAUCUAAUGAUACAUCGCUCAACUUCUUGUGCUUUUGCCCCGACAAGCCUUACUCUAAAUCAUGUAUUGUUCCUGGUAUGUUUUCUUCUUCUCUCAACAUCUUCUUAAGCAAUUGUUUAACUGCCUGUUUCAUGGUUUAG